AUGACCGUCCCGGAAAUUUUGGUGCGUCUGGACGUACAGCUGCUCAGUCGCGCCUCGAAUGCGGACGUGGUGGAGUACCUGCGCGACCAGCUGCGGAUGCAUCCCGAGCCAGCUGUGAGGCGCUCGGUGCUCCGCCUCAUCACAAUCGAUGCUGUGCCGCCGACCAUCUCGCGCAUCUGGCUCGAGACGGCGCGCGAUCCCAAUACUCUUCGCGAGGCACUCCAUCAGAACCACUCGGCAUGGCUCCGAAGCGAAGCCAUCCGCCGACUCGCGAGCAUUCUGAGAGGCAGCCACUGGAGGGCGACCUGGGACGCGCUCGGCUCGACCGAGGGCAUCGCUCAGCUGCUCUCACGCUUCUCUGUCUAUCACAUCCGCCAGGCGACAAAGGCGAUCGGACGCAACGUCAAGGGCAUCGACGGUCAUCUCAAGGCGCAAAAGAGGCAGGCCGUCUCAGAGCUGCUCCUCCACCUCGUCCCCUCGCUUCGAUCACCCUCCUACCAAGCCUCGACCCAAGCUGGAAGCUUUCCAGAAAAGCGCGACCUCAUCAAAGCCUACGCUGAUCUCUUGUCUGCGUGCACACCCGAAUUGGUGCAUCGCGUGCUCUUCGAUGCCGCGCACGUUGUGCCCCUUCACGGUCCUCAGGCCACUCUGCUUCGAGAACACCAUCAGGUUUUCCUUGAUCGCGCCUCGCAGCCUGGAUCCAACAUCUUCGAGUCCAACUGGGCGGAUCACGCUUCGCAUCGGCUGGAGGUGGUCUACGCUGUCGUCUUUCCCGCCGCUGGUCAGCACGACUUUGCCUCGGUGACGCCAUUCCUCUCACGGGCUCUCUCCAGCCUUGUCAAACAACCUCCCACAUCCUCCAGUUCGCUUCGCAGAGUCAGGCAGAAGUAUGCCGACCCGCUUUCCAACCUUCUCCACAGGCUCGUCGCCUGUCCUCAUUGGUCGCUGCACGAUCGCCGCGCUGCAUUUGACCUCAUCCUCGAUACCCUACAAAACCACUCCAGAGACCAUUACAGCGUCAGAAAUGCUCUGUGGAAGCAAGCGGCGCAGCUCUGGGCCGAAUCGACCGAGCUCUUCCAACCCGUCCUUGUUCGUACUCUCAACAUGGCUUCUCGAUCUCCGUCCUACUUGUCCUUUUCGCAGCUUCAAGCAAGCGUCCCAUCGGACAAGAGAUGGGAGCUGCUCAAGCUCAUCCAGAGCACAGACACCGCCUGUCCGAUCGACCUCGACCAGGAUGCUGGACUCAAGGAGCUCCUCACCCAUCGCAACGCCAGGCGGUGGCCCUUUUCUAUCUUUCAGGCACUUCCCUCACACCAGGCUCUCAAUUUGCUGGAACGGCUCGGCGCUCACUUGCCACGCGAUCAAGUGGUCUCCAUGGGCGGCUCAUCGGGCAUCUCCAUCCUCAACUUUGGCUCGGCGAGUGGCUUUGUCGAUUUCGACAUGGCUCGCCUCGAGCUCGAUCCUUCCAUCGACGCGCAAGAGCGAUCCAAGUGCGCAAACGAUGCUAUUGAAGAAUGCAAGCGCAAGAUCGCAAACAGCCCCGAGCCCGCCGAUCGCGAGACUCUGGCGCGUCAGGCUCUCAGCUGGGCCACCUGCAGCCGUUCGUACCAAGUCUAUACCGAUACCGUCGUGUGGAUGCACCGCUUCGUUCGCGACGUCCAUGUCGCCCGUUCCCUCUUCACGCCGUGGUCCGUCCAUACCAAGGAGGCCAUCUCGCUGCUCUCAGGAAUUCCGCAGCGGCCCGAUGCCUCGCUGACGGCCGACGUGCUGCGCGACGACAUCGCCCAAGCCAACCGCGCCAUCUGGGAGUGGUUCGAGAUUGUGCGCGCAGCCGCUCCUGAACCCAGCUUCAAAGCAAGCGACUUCUCGGGUGCCAGCUCGAUCAUCCGUCCCGUCAUCAUCGAGCGCAUGCGUAGGCUCGAGCGUUUGCAGGCUCGCUUGGCUUUUGACGCGGAUCAGGUCUUUGCGCUUGUAUGGGAUGACACGGUCAGCCUCUUGAUCCGAAUCGAAGAGAUGUGCAUCGACCCCUCCUUCCGUCGACUCGAGCUGUACGACAUCGCCGGUCCACUCGCCAAGCAUGCCGACGGCUACGCACGCUCGUCGCCUGGUAUCCACGUCCGCUCCAUCGCCGGUCUCUCCUUCGUUGAGAAACUUCAUGCCGCCAGAGAUGCGUUGUGGAAAUCCCAUCGGAUCUCAUUCAACCCUUCCGUAGCGAGCCUGCCUCGAGGCAUUCCUCAAGGCCUCCCGCUUCAUGUGGCUCCAGCCAUGUGGAGCUUGGACGACGUCCUUCCUCAAGCUGCCGCAAGCCCCUUGAUACAAACAGCGCGAUCCAUCGUGUUCGCCGACCCUCAAACAGUCAUGCAGCCGCUUCCCGACGACGAGGAGACACUGGAUGCCAUCGGGGAAUACCACGAGGACUGGUCUUUCGCAUUGCUCCUGCUGCUCAAGGCUGAACAGGGCCAAGCUGCAAAGCUUCGACUCAUGCGGGAGGCGUGGCUGCACGCUACUCGCAAGCUUGCAGACCCGAGGCUCUCGCGCGUCGAAGCGGAAACGUGGUGGUUGACAGAGGUCUUUGAGCCUGCCGCCCGCCAAAGGAUCUUUCCAGACCCACAAAGAUUCGCUCAACGCGUCCCAGCUCUGCAGUUGCCAGACGCGCCUGCACCGGACGCUGUGACAUGGGCUCCGAACGCUCUCUUGGUGCAAGCCCCCAAGCGCUCACAAAAGGCACCCAUGACUGUCCUCGACACCAUGAUCGGCCAGGACGUGCUUGACGGGCUUCAAGACGGCAGCCUCCGUCGGUCUGCCUCUGCUUCGGAGAAGCGUAGCUGGAAUCGCAGCGACGCGCUGGAGAAGCGAAGGCAAGCUGUACAAGCGUUGAAGGCGGGCAUCGUCGCUCCCGACCGGCGCAGUCAGCCUAGGGAGACCGUGCGGAGCUUUGUGGAGGCGCAUGCUGCGUUGCGUCUGCUCCUGCUGGACCACAACUGCCCUGAUGGCAACACUUUGGAACUGCCGUUCCCCAUUCAGAGCGAGGUCCGAUACCCGCAACUGGUGCUAAGAGAAGCAUCCCUGAAGACUCCCGAGUCGAAGCUGGAUCUGGACCAAGACGUGCGACAGUGGCUAAGGCCCGUGUUGAGCACCGCACCGCCAACACUCUUGCGAUGCCUGGCCGAAAGAGCACUCGCUGCGCGAGCAGACGGGCGCUUGCCAAAGACGUCGCAUCUGGCUCUUGACCUCGUGCUGUGCUUGCAAGCCGGCGACAGACCGAGCGAGGCGCUGCCACUGGUGCUCAAGAUCGUGCUCGAGAACAGAGACGACAGCUCGUGGCACCGCAUUCUCUUCUCGAAAGGAUUCCUGGAAAGACUCUCCGCAGAAGACGCCCGGGAUGCGGUGCAGGGCCUGGCUGGCGAGAUCCUCGCCCGCACUGGCGUGCCCAGCACGCAGCCGAACACGAGCGGUCCGAGCAUCAAGGUCUCGACGGUCAGGUUGCUUGCCCAAGCCAUGGAAAAAGCGGAGUAUGUCGAUCCGUCGGACGCUAUCGACAUCCUGAUGCAGCUGCUGGAUCGUGCCAAACACGCCGACAUCCGCCACGCCGCCCUGGAGGCGUUGCUCGCAUCUUGUUGCGGGCGACCAAGCCCUUCGGAUGCGGUAUCGAAAGCGCUGCGAAGCGGGUUGCAGAGACUGGUACCUAUCUUGGCUGCGCUGGACGAGACGCGACCGGAGGGAUCGGCUCUGCCAUGGGCAGAAGGAGCGCUGCCGCACAUCUGCGAGGGCCCAACGAUGGCUCGUAGAGAUCUGAUGGGGAUGCGCCAACUGCCGCGAACUUGGGAGCCGGUGAUGAACGCACUCUCGGCCUACAAGGCGUGGGCUCCGGUGCUGAUGCAGACGGUGGUGGUUCCUGCGAUCGAGCAGUCGAUCGAACUGCACCAACGAUGGCUGGAUCGCUUUCUGCGCGAGCACGACGCAUCGACUGAGAGUGUGGCGCUGCCGGUGCCCCCGGUCAAGGUGGAUAUCCUGAAGAGGCUGGUGCGGGAACACGCGUACUUGACGCCCGAUUGGAUCGUGCAGCUAUACUGCGACUAUCUGCGGGCUAUCAUGCGUCCGAAAGCCAAAGUGCGCGAGAUCAACCAUGCUCUCAAGCAGACAGUGGGCAAUGCCGCGAGGCAUUGGUUGUCCGUAUACGAGACGCCGGCGAUAUCGUCGUCCUCACACGGUAGACAGCUAGAGUCGUUGCCGUUCCUUUCGUCGUUUGUCCAGAGCCUUACGGAAGGCGCGCCCGAUGACGUCGAUGUGGAAGAGAUGGUGCGAAGCCGCACCGAGAGCAUCGAUGCUGCUGCCCGAGUGGUGCUGGAAGCGUUCAGGGUCAUUCUGGAGUCGGAAAGCGUCGACUUGAGGACGCUUGGCUAUGUGCUGCAAGCGCUAGCUCCGCCGCCGAGGGAUAGCGCGCGGAAAGCGGUCGCACAGAUGCGCGCCUGGACGCAGUGCGCGCGGCCGGUGCUGGCGAGGAUUGUGGAGAGGAUCGAUGCCCUGCGCACACCAGAGUGGCAGCGCAAUUCCGCUCGGCGACCGGCCAGGCUGCCGAGCACUUUGAUUGAAUACCGGCUGUGGCUGCUGCCGUAUCCGUCGUGUGACGAGGCAGUUGCAGCGUCGGAACUUGCACGGCAAUGCCGCGAGUUUGGUCGGGCGCUGAUGGAGCACAUCGAAGCGCUGGUGGCGCAAGCGGUGCCUUGCCACGAGGAGAUGGAGCGGCUGCACCAAGCGGCGAUGGGAUGUCCCACCAAGCAGCGAGGCCUGAUUGCGACGGCGGUGGGUGGAUGGCAUGGAGAGCGGGGACCGGACGCGACGAGCCAGAUGCUGGUGCGGAGUCACUGCAUUGAUCUUGCGGCCAAGCUGGUAUUCGUUGCCGAGCUGCCUGACGAGAGCGAGGCGUGGCUAGUGGAGCUCAAGAGCAUGGUGGAAGGGUGGCAGCAGAGCGACGUCGAGUGGAUCCGCGAGAGGGCGCAGAGGGUGGCGGUGCCGGAUCUGUACUUUGUGGAGUUUGCCGACGCUGCGAUCGGCGAUGUGGUGCGCGCGGUGGUGGCUCACGAGAAGGUCGAAGAGUCGGAGAUGUGGUGA